GAUAAUCAAGCCUACUGCAUGGAAAUUGUAAGUAAAAGUGAUCGUGAACAUUAUUUAUGUAGUUUACUCUGGUAUGGACUAGAGAGAAGGGCAUCAUUUGCUUUGAGGGCUUUUAAUGUGGAAUUAGCUCAGGUUAGAGAUGUGGUCUCUGAGAAACAGAUAGGAAUAAUGAGGUUAAAGUUUUGGAAUGAUACUCUUGAAAAUAUUUAUAAGGGCACUCCACGAGAAACACCAGUCUCUUUGGAACUAAGUGGGGCAGUUCAUCAUUUCAAAUUAAUAAAUAUGAUAGAAGCUAGGAGUGAACAGUUACAAGGUAAAAAAUUUCAAACUAUUCAAGAUGUAGAAGAUUAUGGAGAAAAAACUAUGUCUUCUUUAAAUUACUUACAUCUUCAAGUAUUAGGUAUAGAGAAUAUACAUGCUGACCAUGCUGCUAGUCAUAUUGGAAAAGCACAAAGUUUAAUAACAUUAUUAAGAGCCACACCAUAUCAUGCUGGUAAAAGACAAGUUAAUUUACCUACUGAUUUAUUAAUUAAGAAUAAAGUAAGUGAAGAGAGUAUUAUACGUGGUGUUAAUGAUCAAACAGUUAAAGAUAUUAUUUAUGACAUAGCCUCUACAGCUCACCUUCAUCUUAAACAUGCCAGAAGUUUUAAAAAUCAAGUUCCCUCAAAAUCACAUUUAGCAUUUUUAUCAACAGUAUCUUGUGAAUGGUAUUUAAAGACUUUGCAAAAAGCAGAUUUUAAUGUGUUUGAUUCUAGUUUACAACAAAGAAACAAUAUGUUACCAAUGAAAUUAUGGAUUCAAAGUUUUAAGAAAACUUAUUGAACAAAAUGUGAUAUAAUAAUUUAGGACUGAAUUUGAUUUUUUUGUAGUAAAUGCAAUAAAUAGAUAAUUUGAU